CUGAGGCCUGUGCCCACAUAGCAACCAAUCAGAUCCCUUCUUUCAUUAUCCUAACCGCACUGGUACCAUGAAAGCCGGGAUCUGAUUGGUUGUAGCGCCUCACCGUCCGCUCGGGAGACUCUUCCCUGUGUGUACGCCGCUCGGAGUAGUUCCUGUCCGUCACGUGACACGGUCAGACACCGACAUGGCUACCAGUCCCAGCUACUUGUGAGCCCGACUACCAACCAUGGGAGAGAAGUCUGUGCAAAGCCCCAAGCCCCUCCAGACCCCGAGCACCAGGCCUCCCCUGACAUGGGACCCCAUCUCCUGCAGCUGCCCGAGGAGAUCCUCCUGCUCGUCCUCUCCUACCUGGACGGCAGGUCUCUGGCCCGGCUGGGGCAGGUGUGCAGGAGGCUCUGCCACUUCACCUGCAGGGACGCGGUGUGGCGGAGGAUAGCCCGGCGCUGCCUGAACUCCGGCUUCGUGCUGCAGGGCGCAGACGUGGCUUCUGGAAUUCCUGUGAAGGAAAGAGUACGGGUUUCUCAAAACUGGAAAAAUGGACGUUGUCGGCGGGAUAUCCUACUCAAGUGGAAACGCAAUUUGAUGCCCUGGUUACAAGUAGAUGGGGACGUGUUAUAUUGUACUCAGGCUGAAGAAAUCCGAGCAUACCAGCUGCGUGCUGAUGGCGGUGGACUUCACAAAAGACCCUUUGCUGUGUUCUUGGGUCAUCAGGAAGAUGUCUGUCGCUUUGUUAUCACCGAUUCCCACAUAAUCAGUGGAGGAGGGGAUGGAAAGAUCGCCCUUCACAAUCUUCACAGCGCUGCCAGCAUCCAGUUCACUGCACACGAGCAGGAUGUGAACUGCGUGGAUUGUCAUGGAGGAAUUAUAGUCAGCGGCUCCAGGGACAGGACUGCCAGGGUAUGGUCUCUUUCGUCCACCACAGACGGGCGAUGGCUGCACACCAUUCAAACAGAAGACAGAGUCUGGUCGGUUGCCAUAAACCCUCUUUUAAGCUCCUUCGUUACUGGGACGGCCUGCUGCCACCAUACAUCACCGCUCAGGAUUUGGGACCUUCAAAGUGGCCAGCUGAUGAACUGCCUUGGGACAGAAUUUAAAAGAGGUGCUGGAGUUUUGGAUGUCUGCUAUGAAACCCCAACCAUUUUGUUGUCAUGUGGCUAUGAUACAUACAUACGAUGCUGGGACUUAAGGACAAGCUUCAGGAGAUGCGUCAGCGAAUGGGAAGAACCCCAUGACAGCGCACUGUACUGCAUACAAAGUGAUGGGAACAAUAUGAUAGCCAGUGGAUCUUCAUACUAUGGCGUUGUUAGACUGUGGGACAAAAGAAUGAAUCAAUGUUUACAGUCCUUCUCCUUGUCAUCUCCCACCAGCAGCCCAGUGUACAGCCUUCGCUUCACUACAUCUCACCUCUAUGCAGCCCUGGCUACGUCGCUGCAUCGCUUGGACUUCACCGUCUCCAGCUAGCAGUUACCAGCCUUGUCGUACACAGAACACUGCAAAGAACUUUUUAUUUAGCCUAGAUACCAUCCCUAAAGGAUGACCGUCCAGAAAAAAUGAUAUAUAUUUCCAUGAUCAUUAUAGCCCAAAUUAAAAUGGUCUUUAGGUAGA